AUGUUGGGAAUCGGUCGUAGUGCCGCUCACGGACGUUCCUCGGUGUCCUCAAUGCCGGGGCCGACGGCUGACGGAGACUUGCCCCAGAAUAAGUGAGAUUUCAGCCUUACAUUAAAGCCCCACACCCCCUCUCUCCUUGAGUCAACCUUCCCCUAACCUUAUCCCCCCUCCCAUCUUGUUUAGGUUCCUUCAGCGGGUGGAGUUCUGUUCCGCCUCCCUGAACGCCCUGCUGGCCGAACUGGCCCCCGAUCCCUGGCCGGUGCCGCAGGGCAAACGAGCCCUGCGCUCCUGUGGUGCAGCCCUGAGCAUCGCCAUUGGCCUCCUUGAGUCCACCUUCCCCAACGUGGGAGCACGCAUUCUCACCUUCCUGGGUGGACCCUGCAGCCAGGGCCCUGGCGCGGUGGUGGACGAUAAUUUGAAGAAUAUCAUCCGGUCACACCAUGACAUUGAGAAGGACAACUGCCCCUACAUGCGGAAGGCCAUCAAGGUGAGUGCGCACCACCCCCCCGCCCCCCAAAGUCGGGUUUCCUCCGCCGCUGUGUGCGGUUUUCCUGGCCUCACAACCGUUUGAGGCACGGCCUCGUCCGCACUUUCUGGAGGAGGCAGAGUACAGCAGACAAGUUUGGAAGUCGGGUUUUGAUAAACGGCGAAGAGAUCUGACUGGUGGUAGUAGGCAGUACUUUUCGUCGACCUAGGUUUUUACAACUGUUAUAACCAAGGAGUUCGCGGCUCAGCUGGUAGAGCUUUGGGCAUAGUGAUGCUCGAUGACCAGAAGACGCGAAAUCGAGGCUGGCUGAAGCCGGUUAAUUAGCCAGAAAUGGGCCUCCCAGUCUCUCUCGUCUCUGUCAAUAAUCUUUUGCUUAAGUUAUUCCUCGCCGUGCGACUGCCUGCAGGGCUCUAGUAUGAGUCCCAGGGCACAACGGAUCGGUGAGCGACCACUGUCAUAGGAGACACCAUAAGCGACGGACGUUAGGCCGAUACCUAGCAGCCUUUUUACUCUGUUCUGUGCUUUUUCAAGUAUUUUUCAAGUUUCCCAUUCAUCGAAUAACCCUCUCGCCCAUUGUCAGCACUACGAAAGUCUGGCCAAUCGCGCUGCGCAGAAUUCGCACGUUGUUGAUCUCUUCAGCUGCCAUUUGGACCAAACUGGCCUGCACGAGAUGCGAUACCUCGCCAACUACACAGGCGGACACAUUGUCAUGUGCGACAGCUUCGCAUCUACUCUCUUUCAACAAAACUUCCAGCGCUACCUUCUGAAGGAUGCAGAGGGCAACUUUAAGAUGGGCUUCGCCGCCCAGAUGGAGGUCAAGGUAAACUCGCGGUUUGCUUGGCGGCCAAAUUUAAUUGGUGACAAUACGAUCUACUUUUGCAUAUGAGUAACCAUGUUAUCUUCGAUUAAAAAUGUAGACGUCGCGAGAUCUGAAGGUGUCAGGCUGCAUCGGCUCCUGCUUCUCAGCCAAUGUGAAAACGGGCUGCACAAGUGACAACGAGGUGGGUAUCGGCCACACGUCAGUUUGGCGUCUGAAUGGCCUCACGCCGGCCUCCACCUUCGGUAUCUUCUUCGACGUCACUAACCAGCAUCAGGCUCCGCUGCCACCGGGUGGUCGCGGCUACGUGCAAAUCGUCACCCAGUACCAGCACGCCAGCGGACAGCGCCGCGUGCGUGCGACCACGGCCUGUCGCAAUUGGAUCGACGCUGCGUCCCAACAGGCACACCUUGUGGCCGGUUUUGACCAGGAAGCGGCCGCUGUUCUAAUGGCUCGUAUGGCUAUGUUCAAAGCCGAGACGGCUGACGGACGCGACGUGCUCAGGUUCGUAUCCAUCUCGAUGAGGCAUUUUCGCCCAAACUCGCAAACAUGUCAGUGCUUCAAAAGUUAGGAACACUAUAUCGAACUAAUUUUACGCCCUGUGACCUGAUGGUUUUCUGCUAACUCUCCCACCCCUCAGUGGAAACCCCGCUCAACACGAUGUAUGAAUUUUUGCUGCAUUUUGUUCUAUAUUUCGCUGUCUUCUAGUGAAUUCGAGUGAAUUUUUAAUUUCAGACAUGUUCCUGGAUUUCAUUAGGUGUUUUGUGGGUAGCUGAGUGCGUUAUGUACCGAUAGAGACCAGUGAACUUGAAGUGUCAGCUGAAGUCACGCAGUAUUCGUCUGAGAAAAUUGGCCCAUGCCCCACCAGAAGGCUUCCCUCCCCCAUAUACAAAAUAAGAUGACAAUCAUGAAUGCUACUAAAACAAAUUAAGUACCAUAUAUAGUUAACAUUAGUAGAUGAUCGCCUGCUCCCCGCUUACUGUCUCCCCCAUUGUUGCUACAAUCCUUCUGGGACUUUGUUUUAAGUAACUGAGGGCCCCGAACUCAAUCGCAAUGGUGAGGAGAAUGUGGCACCCGGUACACUGCUGCGCACUUCCUAUGAUAAUGGACCUUUGGCAACUCACGUAGCACUAUUGUCUAUUAACCGCUAAUGAUAAUCACUGCUUUUGAUCUUCGGUAGAUGGCUGGACCGUCAGCUGAUCAAACUCUGUCACAAAUUUGGCGAAUACCAAAAGGAUGAUGCUGCCUCCUUCCGUCUUCCAGAUGAAUUCGCAUUUUACCCUCAAUUUAUGUUCCACCUGCGACGUUCUCCGUUCAUACAGGUCUUCAACAAUAGUCCAGAUGAGACUGCCUACUACAGGUUAGUAGUCUCCUGUUCUACUACUUAAGCUCCACUUACACGUCCGUGCCCAGCGUUUUUAUGCGCACUUCAAAAAGAGUGACUACUUAGUUUGUAUUUUUGACUUGCGCUUCCGUUAUCUACAAACCCAACUAAUUUUCUCGUCAACACUUGGAAACAAAUUAAUUUCUUAUAUUUGAAUAAGUCCCCCCCCCACUCUCCUGACCCUAACCGUAACCAUAAUCCUCUCGCGUCUGCUGAGCUGGGUGCCUAGUCAUCCGACCAAUGUAACUUGUUCCACAGGAGGCGAAGAGGAGUGCUUCUUGUCUAGUACCUGUACAGGUAGUAUGGAACCCCUCUACCCGGAAGUACAGUAGGUAGCCUAAUUCAUGAAAUGUCAACCGAAAUUCCGAAGUGCGUUUUCGUUUCGAAAAGAUUAAUUGAGUAGGGUUGUAAAUCCAAUCAUUCAGAAGCAUAAUUCUAUCACAAUUCGGCUACCUCAGGAUACCGGCAUUCAAAAAACUUCUUUUAGGCUGCAUGCAGGAACUACACUCUGCAAAAAAUGACUAUUUAAGUGGCAUGCAUUUUUCUCAUUGAUUUUCGAUGCUUUUAAUAAGUCAAUUAUUCUUCAUGGAAAACAUGCAUAAAAAUGUUCAUUCUUCUACUCAUUCGGUAGGAAAUUACGUCUUCCAAUUUUAUGCUCGGAGAAAGGGUUUAUUUCGGUUUUAAAAAACUUUUCCAAUUCCGGAAUAAUUUUGAACUCGACCUGCCGUUACAAUUGCAUUCAGGGUCUCCAAACUACAAGCCAUAUAUUUUCCGCGUACGGAAAACCGUAAAUUUCUCUACGGCAUUCAGAGGAGAUCAUACGGGGUUCAUAAAAUUUAGCAGUGGAUUUGAGCCUUAUUGUUAACUUUGCAAGCAAGACUAGUAACUGCUAAGACAUGACGUUUUAUGAACGGCCAUUUCACGAUAUUAAAAAAUCUCACAGUUAGAAAACUCUUUAAAACCAAAUUAUACCCUUCCUUCGAGUACAAAAUUGAAAGAAGACGUAAUUUCCUACUGAAUGAGUGGAAGAAUGAACAUUUUGAUGCAUUUUUUCCAUGAAACAUUAUUGAAUUUUUAAAGACAUCGAAAACCAGCGAGAAGAACGCCUGCUACUUAAGUAGUCAUUUUUUACAGAGCACAAUUUUUGCAUGCAACCGGCAAGAAGUUCGUUCGAACGCCGGCAUCCUGAGGUAACUUAAUUAUUAUAGAAUUAUGCUGCACGAUAAUUAGUUUUACAACCCUAUUUAAUUAAUCUUUUCGAAACGAGAACACAUUGAGGUCACUGUCUCUCCGAAACGGCCGCCAGUGUAUUCGUCUUUGGCGCACCGUCUCGCAUAGGUGUUCAUGGGAGUCGUUUCGGUUGAGCAUUUAGCCCAAGGCCGCCUGCAAUACGCAGGGAAGGGGCUACUUAUUCGAAAACAAUUCGAUUUUUUGGCAAUUGUAUGAUGCUUAUUUGGUCGUGGCAUACUGAUCCCACUGCCAAAGCGUUCGAAUUAUCCCCAACACAGUCGACAAUUUGAUAUCGCUUAGCGUGCCUCCCCGUACGGUCAUGAAUCGAAUUACGUUGCCGCUUUCAGUGGUAAUCACGUAAUCAGUAGAGGGAGAGAGAGACCCUUGAAGCCCGUAAACACGCCUGUCAUGUUUCGAAAAGCACAGGAAUUCGUGGAUUUUGUAAACCAAAGCUACUAUAUAUUUUCAAGCUCAGUCUGAAAGAGACGUACUUUCCCCCACAGGGAUUACAGGGAACUGGAAUUUUCGCCGUUCUUUUUAAGAAAGUACAUCAAAGAGGGGAAAAAGUAAGGUACUUCGAGCAUCCGGAAAAUGGGUUUUUCUGACGUUUUGAAGUCACUCUGGAGUGCGUGAUCAUACAGUGCAAACUCCAAUGUCCCAGUCCAGUCAUUGUCUCGGCCGGCGUCUGCGCGUGGCCAUUUUCGUGGACUUUUCUAAAAGCCUCUCCCAGCGACGGGGAAGUUCUCUGCACGGGCGACCUUGCAGGUGACCACUGUCGCCGCAAACGACGAGUUUGACCGCUGUCUCACCUGAUAGACUGCCUGUGUUGUGUACCGGUAGCGGCCGGUAAACUUUGAGUGCUCGUUGUAGUUAUGGUGUCUGAGAAAACUGACCCUGUGCCCCACCAAAAGGCUUCCUCCCCCAAAAAAUUAGAUGACAUCCGUGAAUACUACUCAAACGAAUUAAGUACCAUACGUAGUUAACAUUAUUAGAGGAUCCCCAGCUCCUCGCUACUGCCUCCCCCCAUAUGUGCUACAAUCCUUUCGAUGCAUCCAAUCCACUCUGUUUCCCCACACACCUCGCCGUCUUCCAGUGACAGAUAUUGGCGUGGACACGGUGACUGACGGAGCUAAAUAGCCCUUCUACGAGUGCAACAAGCAGCCUGGCUUUUAAUCAAAGUUCUGAAGUGUUUUUUUUACGGUUACAAGCGAUUAACUUAGGUUCGCAGCAUAAUCUCAAGACACCUCAGUCGCAUUAGAUUGUCGGCUUUUUAGUGAGCCUUCCGGCUGCCUGCAAAAAGCGCGCCCUGUGAAACGUGACUACUUAAGUUGUAUGCACCCAUCCCAUCGAUUUUGCAUGCCAUUAUAAAUUCAAAUAUGCUUUUUUGGGAAACACACACAUGCUACUUAGGCAGUCAUUUUUUACGGAAUAUAGCGAUUUGGGAGAAACUCAUCCGAAAGCCAGCAUCCUGACGUGACCGGGAUAUUUUAACAUCAUGCGGUACGACAAUUAGUAUUACAACCCCACUAAAGUAAUCUUAAGGAAUUGAAAACACAUUUCGGAAUUUCAGUCAACAUUUUAUGUGAUAGCAUAUCUACUGUAUGUGACGGUUUUAAUGAAUUUUAACGAUUCCUGUUCUAUUGUAGACCCAAUAUGUAGUUACACUUGAAUUUAACGCUCCCAUCAUACAUGGUAAAUACUUUUCACUUAAGCAACAUCAUUCGUCCAUUUUUAACCAUCCCGCGAUAGUUCUACCGUCGAUUCCGACGAUGUCCACCGCGUGGCCCACAGCGAAGCGACAGCAGAGACGGUGACUUGUGCGUGAAUUAGUUUAUGGUGAUAGUAGACUUGCACAGCAUCUACCGCACUCCCUCCUCCUUCUCCACCUGCACCGGUGUCAAGACAGAGUCAAGAAGACCGGAGGCGGGGGAGGGCGCAGGUGGAUGCACGGUCGAGUCCGCACCUUGGCGUUCCACUCCACACCCUCUGGUCCACACAACAAAUAACCAGGUUUUCGAUCAACAACAACAACAAUGGGGAGGAUGACAGGGGUUCCAGUGUGCGCGACGACUGCCGACAACCGGGUCCGCUACCGCAUCCUGAAAUGUUGGUGCGCAAUCCGAUACCGCCUGCCAGAAUCCAAUAUGGCUCCUGUGUUGGUCCAGCGCAUCUACCACGUGGUCCGCUUGGGGGGCACAACCAUCACGCAUUACGUUGCAGACGCGCAGAUACGAUACUGCUUAAAUGACUUCUUCGCGGUCCCAAAUAAUCCCCCUAUUACAGAACUUCUCCAGAGGGAAUGUGAUCGAUAAUAUGCCCGCGCCCUCUUUCUAAAGGGCAUAAUUGACUUUAAGUAGUCCUUUCCAACAUAAAUUGUACCUUUUCCAUUGGGGUGUUCGGAAAGUAAUUGCCUUUUUUGCUGCUAUGAAAUAUGAGUCGGUUAUCUGUUGUAUGCCAAGCCCCGCUCCGAAUGGCGAUCCACUCUGAAUGACGACUUUCUGAAUGAAACUACUGAGUUAGAUCCACGUCAAAGGAGCAAACAUUUGUCGUCUUGUUCACCCAUCCACGAACAUGUCAAUCGAAUUGCGAAAGAACUAUGCAAAGAGGGGGGGAUUAGGGAUGAUCUUCCACCUGAGAGCCUACCAUCCGUUGCAGCAGUCUUCUAACCUGUCAUUUCUUCGUCCCAUUGUUGCAUGUGAUGAGAGAGGGGUUGUGCGUUACAAAAGAAAACGAAAAAUACAAUACGAAGCCAGUGGUAACUCCCAAGCCAGAACCCCUCGGAAGUCCUUGCUCUGCGUUUGGCGGAAUGUGAAAGGAGCCUCUGGGACGUGGAAGGACCAUCAGUACAGAUGUUUACCACAAACAAUUGAAUCUUGUACUAGAAAAUUACGCCUGAACUGCCGUGCAAGGCCACACGCUGGAAAACAAGCCUAAAAAGAUAAGACCGUUAUGGUGGGAGGUUCCUCCACCUCCAUACUCAUCUGUUCCGAUCACUAGAACACUUUAUAGGAGGUAAAACAUUCAGAACCAGAGGAAGUUGAAAACAGUCUUUCAGACUUCCUUUUCUGAAAACGAGGCAUAUUUCUUGAACGUUGCGUUAAACAGUUGUCUUCCCGUCGGUCUGCUGUCAUUUAAAACGACGGCAAUCGCAUUUUUGCUUAAAACUACUGUUUUUACAACCUUCUGCUAAAACUGAAUCACUUUCCGAAUACCUUACUAGUUUCAGCCACUGACGCCAUCUGCACGAGUUGAGUUUUCAUUGUUGACAGAGGGAGUUGUCAGUUAGUGUUCAGCUUGACGAAAAUGAAAUGCUCACCGGAUCGAGGGACUUGUUUGGCUGAUGUUUCGAAGAGCAGGGGCGGCUCUCCAUUAUCAAAGCGUAUAGUGCAAAAAUCGAUCAGGAUUUUGAAUAAACAGCUGGAUAAGUUGGCCUUGGGCUGAUCGAUUUUUUCCUCUUUCGCUGCUUUGGCCUACUGGCCGUCACGACCGUUACAACCCACCAGGGUAGGCAUUGUCCAUCGACCCCAGGCAAAAAUUCGUCGCCGUUUGAUGCAACUCAAAGACAUACUGCCACCCACUAAGACCUCAGCGGUUGUCUAUCAAAUACGUUGUAACGAUGGAGACUGCAACUACGUGGGUGAAAUCGGACGGAAAUUGGAGAUCCGCCUACAUGAGCACAAACUGGAAACUCGGGGCUAGACCCAACCUCACAGCUCGCGGCUCACAUCGGGGAAACUGGUCACAGUUUUGAUUUUCAAGGAGCAACCGUCUUAGGCAGAGGCUCCUCAAGGACAGAACGUCUCACACUUGAGGCCUGGUACUCAGAUGCCAACUCCAUCAACAGGCAUCUAGACAUUCCUUCGGCCUAUAAAGUCCUACGUCACUACGUACGCCGUGACGAAGACAAGACGGGCAUACGGAGCCUAAGAAUACCGAGCAAACACGGCCUGUCGACCAAUUUACCCAAAAGGGGACGCAAACGCAACUAACUCCAAUUGAGGUGACGACACACAAUACAGGAGGCCACCAAAACUCACGGGCGACGGCCGGUUGGCCAAGGCAGCGAAAGAAGAAAAAAAUCGAUCAGCCCAAGGCCAACUAAUCCGGCUGUCUAUUCAAAAAUUCUGAUCGAUUUUUUCACUUGACGCUUUGGCCAUGGAGAGCCGCCCCAACUCUUCGAAACGUCAGUCUAACAAGUCCCUCGAUCCGGUGAGCACUUCAUUUUCCUCAGAUUAUCGACCCGGAUCUCUUACUUUUGCUAACCUGAGUGUUUAGCUUGUCGUGAGAUGCAUGAACUUAUCUACUUCACUCCCAUACACAGGGAUAUCCUUCGCCGUUUCAGGAUGUUAGGCGAGGAGUCUUCACUAAUGCAGUAUGCAGCAUUGCGCCCGACCAUUAGCUUCGGCAGAGAUUUAGUGCUGUUUUCCUAGUUUGCGCGUAACACUUUGCGCCUACCUCGCACUCACACCACCCUCUUGUUUCCCUGUGCGUUCUAUGCAGACACGUUUUGAAUACUGAGGACUGUUCCAACUCACUCCUGAUGAUUCAGCCCUCUCUGAUCGCCUUCCGUCUGGAUGGGACGGACGAAGCUGUGCUUCUGGACAGCUCCAGCAUCCAGCCGGACACUGUUCUCCUCAUGGACAGCUUCUUCCACGUCCUCAUCUACCAGGGAGAGAACAUUGUCAAGUGGCGAAAAGCCGGUUAUCUGGUAAGUCUGCGCUCCUUAUAUAGUAUAGGGAUGACCCUAUUGAAAACGGUGCAUGCAAUAUAAAUGUUAAAUGCAUAUCUUACUACACUUUUGCCAGUAACAUAUUUGUUUACGGAAAGCGUUUUUGUGGUGCGGAACUGCGAAGGGGACGUGUACGUAUGAAAUUUUAAUUGCAAUUUUACAAUCAGCACAAAGCGCAGUCACUUGUAUAGUUUGCUGGGGAAGAUUUCAUUAAACGUGCAGAUAUGUGUUACAUAGGAGUAAAAUCAGGAAAUAAAAAUUUUAUGGCUGGCCGCAGAGAGUCCUGCAGUGAGAGUCGUCGUUUAUCAAAGAUCAAACGAUCCAGCUGCCUUUUGAACACAACCGCUGUAUCAGAUGUCACUGUUUCACUUGGCAGUGAGUUCCACGGUCGAAUAACACGUUGACUGAAUGAAAACUUCCGAUGGUCUAGGCGUUUACGCUCGUCAUCGUGAAGUCAAAAGUAUUCAGGUUUGAGCGAACAUUCAUUCCUGUUUCGCCACUCCCUCGGAAUCUAAAUAAGACUCACGAAAAAUUCCAGUUACAUUAGAAGUCUGUCGUUAGCGAGCGUGCGUUUCCGAUUAAUCCGCGUCAGGCCUAUUGCAUUGAUGUGGUCUCAUAAAUGACUGUAACUAGGCAUGAGUAGAGUGGUUCUAUAAUUGUUAAACUCUCCACGUUAGAGGCGCACAUCACGUUUUCUUACCAUCUCCUUCAUCUCGUCUUUCAGUUUAUUUGGCGAGGAUAAUGGGCGAUGGCUCUGAAAACCCCGCUGAUUACAUUCCGCUUGCAUUAUAUGCAUCCGUACACGCGUCCACAAAUUGCUACUAUUAAAAUAGUAUUCACAAAACGUAAGUAGCAUUGUUUUUUUAGAAAAAAACUACUGUCUGCAUUCGACGCGCUAUGUUGUUCGGAUUUAGAUUGUCGAGAGGAAGCAAGCGACGCAUACAAUAAUCCGGCCGUCUCUUAAAGAGCUGGAAGGAAGUCGCCUCCGCGACUGAUUGACGGCGGUCAUUCCCUUGUUCUAAUACCUCUUGUGUUAAGACUUCGGAGCGAAGGUUCAGCUUGGACAUUUUCGUGCGGAACUUCAUUGGUUGUCUACGAUGAUGAGGCGAGAGGUACCACUGAAACAUAUGUUUGAGGGCAUAUGUCCUCAAGGCGUGGCCCUCGCUCGAAGCCAUUUAUUGUCUUUUAAAUUAAGAUAAUAUCACCCCUUUGUUACUUGUAAUACCAAGGGAGUAGAUUGAGACAUUUAAGUUUUUCUAUAUGAGGAUUGUAUUUUAGACCCCUCACUAGCCUUGUUGCACGACCUUGAACUUCCUUGAGACAUAUUUUGCCCUUUGUGAGCCAUGGUCGCCAGGCCUGUGCGCCAUAUCCUAGGUGAGAUCGAAAGAAGGCGCUAUAGACUUGACUAAAGAAACAUUUUUCGAGAGCUGCAAAUGUCCUUUUGAUAGCGUGCAAUACGCCCCAUGUCGUUGCUUGCAACCUUCAGGUUUACUUGCUUUAACUCGACUACAAAUCUCUGUCGACGCGGGACGCACUUUUUUGUACGAUCGCCUUACUAUUGCUGCAGUUCCUAUGUUAGUGGGUUAUUUUGCGUCAAAAAUGAUCAUUUUGUCAUAUUCACUGCUGAUCACCCUUUGUGCUCUCGUCCUGCGGGUACACACGUCUCGCAGCCCCCUAAAGGCCUUUCAGAUUCAGUUUUAUUGCGGGAAAUGUAGGUCUUCACCUUUGAACUCCUUAUUUGUUUACAAGCAACUGCAAAAUCUCAAAAACUCGAAAAGAUAUCAUAAAGCUAACAAAUAAUCGGAAAAGCGGCAGAUCUGUACAGACAAACAGACUGUCUCGAAUGUUAGUGUUACGGGCAGUAGUACAGCGGUCGUUUCGAGUGCAGGGAAGUAAAUAAUAUACCCGGUGACAAAAGUAGCAUAGGUGCAUGCCAGUGACGUAGGUGAUUGGUUGGAGGCAAUAAGACAUUUAAUUUAAAAUGUUACUGAAGUAUAUCAAGUAGUAUUAUAAUAGCGGAAUUUGCCAAGGUUACAGAGGUCGGGUGGUAAUUUAGUGGGCAUUGCUACAAAAAUCCAGCUUCCUCUCAAAGACCUCAAAGGCCUUAAGCUGUACCCUUUACAUGCGCGUGUGUGUGUUUCUCCGAUCUGUCAGGAAAUGCCGGAGUAUGCGUACCUACGCGACGUAAUCGAACGACCCCGCGCUGAGGCUCAGGAGUUACUGCGAACUCGUUUCCCGCUCUCACGCUACAUUGAUACCGAGCAUGACGGCAGCCAGGCGCGUUUCCUCCUCUCCAAGGUCAACCCCUCUACCACACACAACAUGUUCGGCUUUGGUCAGGUAUGUGUGUGUUUGUAUGGGCUCCUGAUUGGCCAGUGCAGUGCUGUCUAUUUAGCCUGCCUGCGCACAACUGCCGCCUGUGAGAGGUAAUUUGGGCUUUUCUCCCCUCCUUUUAGGAUGCGGGCAGUGCGGUUUUGACAGACGACGUCUCACUGCAGGGCUUUAUGGAUCAUCUGAAGAAACUUGCCGUCUCCUCCUCGACCUGA